AUGGACGAAGGAAUUGCCACUGGGCCCUCAGAGCCCCCUCCGCUCCCGUACUCUCUACACACCCGGAAGAAGUCGAUCGCGAUAUUCUGGACCAUCUUUGUGGUCGACACUCUGGCCCAGCCCUUGAUCUUGUACUGGUGUCUUUGGUACCUGACCGAUCUAUCACCUAACUUAGUCUUUUCUGUCGUCACCGCAUCGCUGGGAGGUGUAUCAGUCUUCGAAUACUUCUACCGCCUCUACAACCUCUUCCGAAAAAACUCGCGCGCCCGACCCCUGAACGCCCGGUCAUCAUGGCUGGAUUUCUUUCAGAUCAACUUCACCAUUGUGUGGCUCAUUCUCGCCGUCAUCCUUGUCACUGGAUCGGUCCCUGAACAACCAUAUGUGCGUCUCGUGGCUAUGGUCCUACCGGCUGUCAUGUUCUACUUCGGAAUCGUCUACCUUUCACUCGACAUCUUCCGUAUGCUAGGCUACAAAGCCCCAUUCCGAAUCUCAUCGACGCCCAAGGGCUCCGUUAUGCCGACCGCUCUCUACGCCUUGAUUGAGGACGUUGUCGCAGUUGAUGGCGGUGGUGGGCAGAUCUACCGCUAUGCACUCCGGACACGAUACCUUUCAAGUCCCUACUUCCGACGUAUGCUCUUCGAAAUGAAUUGUUUCUGGAGUGGAGGGUCUAUCAUCUUUGCUGCUGCCAUCACUGCCGUUGUAUUCACGGUACAGGAGAAUGUUGCAUUCACGUUGGGCUGGACCCUUCCUUUUGCAUGGGCUGGUGUAUGGACGUUGAUCACCAUCCCUUGGGUUCAGAGUGACCUCCGCCGUGAAAAGAAGGCGUGGGCAGAGAACCGUGGACAAGGCGGUAUUCCCUGGGUCGAUGACAUCGACGCGCCUACAGCACGAACACGUUUUGCCUCUGUUCAGGCUAACGUUUGGCCCUGGACCCGCGAUAAACAAAGCGCUCCGUCGACAUCAUCUGAGGGCGCCGGUGUUGAGAAAGUUGUCGAUGGACCACUUGAAGGCCCUUCGAAUGAAUCACAUGAGAUGGCUCAGAAUGCCUCUGGCAGCACUCCUAACGGGCUUCCUCACCCACCCGAUGGAGCCCACGAUGGAGCUAUCCAGGACAGCCCUGAUACCAAAGAAUCUGACAAGUCACCCGUAUAA